AUGGCGGAACGAAACACCUCACCCUCGUCGACCGCUUCUCUCCAUUCUCUCGUCACUGCGCACGUGGGGAAGGCGCUCGACUCGCGCACCUCGACCGCGUCGCCUCCAACCUCCACGCCGCCUACGAGUCUCGGCGAUGAGGCAAGCAUAUUGUCCGAGACAAGCAAGAUGGAAGUCAUAGAGACGCGCGAGGAGGUGUCUACUCCACGUGCAGUCGCAGCAUCGCCCAUGGCGCCGCAGUCAGCACCUGAGGCUUCCGACAGUGCGCCACGACGGGCGAUGCGGAACUCGCGCAAAUCGGUCGUCACGUAUAACGUACAGAUACUGGCAGGUACCGCUAUUCACACGCCUACGAAGUAUUUGGAGAAACAUCAUGAAAAUGUUGUGCACGGCGACAUUCAAGAGAUGGUCAAGACCAAACCCACACCUCCAAAGAAACAUAUCGGCAAGCGCAGGACCAAAUCGGAAUCUGCUGAGCUCGAAGACCCGGCCGAGCAGCAGCUCGCCUCAGAGGCUGCACAGGCGGCGCAGCGGCGAACCUCAACACGAUUGGGCACCGACCUGCGACGCGCAGCCCUGGCCAACUUGAGUGGUGCAGGCGAGGCAGUGGCGAAUACUAUUUCAGUUGGGAAGGAUUUUGUGCAAAAGACGCUCAAGCGUAGCGCCUCGGACUCGCGGUUGCGUUCAUCCUUCCGGUCUGGCGCGUCGCGACCGUCCCAAUUUAAAGAGGACACCUCGGAGGAUGAGGAUGAGGACGAAGAGGAAGAGGAGGAAGAAAAAGAGCCAGAGUACUUCAAACCAAAAUCCAAGCAGUGGCUCAAGCAAGGCCUCUAUGUUGGUCAGGAACGCGGUUUCGACGCCCGCUUUACCGAGAAACGCAACCGAGCGCGAAGGGAGGCGCGCAGGGCUAAGGAAAGCAAGGUCCUACCACUUCCUCUAUUCGCCACCCAGAUACAGCUAGAAAGCAACCCACGAGUUAUCUACAAGCCCUUCAAGCUGCCUUACGACGUUUACAACCCUCUCCCGAAGAAGGUCAAGGUUGAUGGUUGGGUCAAACUAAACAAGAAUCGCUUCAUUGGCGAUGCAUCUGCGCUGUGGAAGCGUGAGAAACAUGGCGAUGCGUCGCAGUGUUUCUGCGACCCCGAAGAUGGCUGUGGGGAGACAUGCCACAAUCGCAUCAUGGCAUAUGAGUGCGAUGAGACUAACUGCCCGCUCACGCCUGAGCAGUGCAACAACCGUCCAUUUGCGCAGUUGAAGAAACGCGCGAAGGGCAAUGGCUAUGAUUAUGGUGUCGAGGUCAUGGAGACCGAAGGCAAGGGCUACGGUGUUCGGGCCAUGAGGUGUUUCGAGCCCCACCAAAUCAUCGUCGAAUACGCUGGCGAGAUCAUCACCCAAGAUGAAUGCGAGCGGCGCAUGAAGCAGGUCUACAAGAAGGAUAAGUGUUACUAUCUUAUGAGCUUCGACAACAAGAUGAUCAUCGAUGCGACACGCGGGACUAUUGCGCGCUUCGUGAACCAUUCUUGCGAACCCAACUGCGAGAUGAUCAAAUGGACAGUGGGUGGAGAACCGCGCAUGGCCCUGUUCGCUGGCUCUCGUGGGAUCACGACAGGAGAGGAAUUGACCUACGAUUACAACUUUGAUCCAUUCUCGCUGAAGAAUAUCCAGGAGUGCCGUUGCGGUACCAAGUCAUGCCGUGGUGUUCUAGGCCCCAAGCCCAAGAAACCCGCCAAUCACGAGGAGCGGUCGCUGCCUUCAGCUCUCCUUGCUGGAGCCAAGCGCAAGCUGCAAGAUGUAUUUGGAGGUGGUCGAGGCUCUGCGAGCGCCCCGAACUCUCCAAAGAAGCGCAUGGUGGUCACUUCCGCCAUGACCAAGGCCCGAAAUGCAUUGGCUCAGAACGAGGCAGCGCGCGAGCGAGCCAUGAGGGAGGCCGAGGCCCAUGCCGCGCAGAUUGCAUCUCGUGAGAGCCGUGCUAUGCAGCGACAGAAGGCUCUUGCUACCUCUAAGCGAGGUCGGCUGCUUCAUAAGGCUUCCACUGCGGCUAAACCCACGGUUCGCACGUCAAAGAAAACUGUGAUCAACCUUAAGCGGAAGGUGACAGUCGCGAAGACGGGGCAAAAGCCAGGGGCCCUGAAGCCUGUCAAGAAGAUGCCGGGCAAAGCGGCUCUUCUUCUGCCGCGACGUCGUAGUGCCACUCCAGAGUCUUCUUCUGAGGACGAAUCGCCAAACAUCACUCCAGCUUCCCUUCGUAGUGCUAACAAGAAGGCGGCGCAGAACAAGAAGGUCAUCAAGCCGCUCAAGCUUGGUAAAGCGGGCAAGUUGGGUCAGCGCACUCUCGUUCCCGAUUCAGAGUCAGAGCUAGAUUCGGACAGUGAAGAAGAGGAAGUUCCCGAUAGUGAUGUCGAUGCAGAGUACGGCAAGACUAUAGUCAAGUCCAAGUUCAAAGGCAAGAAGAGGGGCUCUGCGCCUGCUCCGCGCGGCAUCCACAAAACUGGCGCGGGCAUCGCCAAGCUUCCUCGAGGUCGCGUUCGAAACUCGCGUGGCAUGUUCGAGACCAAGGCUUGA